UCUUCGCUAUCAGUGCGUUCAGGGGCCAUAUUGUUGAUGUGUCACCUCGGGAGGAGAUCACUCACACGGACUUGACACUCACUAUUUAUCACGGCAGCUGGUGUAUGGCAUUUUAAAUGGAUUUAACAUAACCGUGCCAGUAGCUGAAGGAGAUCAUGGAGCCGUUGGAUUGUCAGAGUGAACUGACCCCUGUCUCCCAAAGUUCAGAGGACAGCAUGGUUCCACAAGGGUCAACCGAUGUCCUCAGAAAUGAGGGUGAACCCGUUUUAAAAGAACGGGAUGAAGACACUGAGCUGGACAGUCUUGAGCUGGAUGCUACUCUUUCAGGUCGUGUGGUCAGAGAAGAUCACACAGAGGUUCAGCAAGAGGAAGGACCUGGAGAACAAGCACAGGGUGAUGGGAACACUAGCUGUGACAGUGGAACAGCAUCCAUUGACGAUGCCAGAACUCCACCAGCUGUCCACGACAGUGUUGUAGAAUCACUUCCCGCUGUUCUUGAUGGAGAACUCGGAUGUUCUGACUUUGAGGAACCAGCGGGCGUGGUUCCAGAAUCAGAAGGUGGGACUCAGAAUGAGGUAGAGGAAUCUUCUCUAUCUGUUCUGAAUGGGACAGAUGAUUUUUCAUCCACAGAGUUUGAUGCAUUCAAUGGGCAGACAGAACUUAACAGAACUCCUUUGACUCCUACGCCAGCUGCUGAGGGUGAGGAACUGCCAGAUGUUGUUUCAGUACCCCAAAACUCACAAUCUAACUCCAACAUGAACCCAUAUGACACGGACUGCAGCAGGAAGCUGUUGUGUGAGAUCCAGCGCUCUCUGUCUCAGGAGUCUCUGCUGGAUGAGCUGGAGGAUGAGCUGUUGAACAGUCAGUCAGAGGGCGUCCGGAAGGGAAGUCCUCUCAAUGGGCUUCAGAAGGACCAGAACUCCAUGGCUUUAUUUGAGAAGUGUGUACAGUACAAGUACUCUCAACAGGAGAAAGCCAUCAAGAGGUUACUUGAUGAGAAUAAGAAACAUCAGGAGCUGAUUCUGGGCAUCUGCUCCGAGAAAGACAACAUGAGGGAUGAGCUGAAGAAGAGGAUGGAGACGGAGAAACAGCAUCUUUGCACCAUUAAGAAGUUUGAAAGCCGGGUGGAGGAACUUAUGAAGGAACUAAAAGACUCCAGAGACAAACUGGUUCACCAGGAUCAGGCUGCUAAGAAUGCCAUCCAGCAGAUGCAGAGGGAAAUUGCCUAUCGGCUCGAACAGGCCAAUAAGAAAUGUGAGGAGGCACGUCAGGAGAAGGAGACAAUGGUGAUGAAGUAUGUUCGAGGUGAAAAGGAAGCGCUGGACCUGCGGAGGGAGAAGGAACAGCUGGAGAAGAAGCUACGGGAGGCCACAGCAGAAGUAGACAAACAGGCUCGGAGGGGAAACUCACUGGCCCAGGAUAAAGGACGUCUGCAGCAGCUCUAUGAUGCCAAGGAGAACGAGGUGACGCGACUUUCCCGUGAACUGGAGAAAGUCAAAGAAGAAGUCAAUUCUCACGUCAUCAAAGUAAAGUGGGCUCAGAACAAACUGAAGAGUGAAACCGACACUCACAAGGAAACAAAAGACAGAUUAAGAGAAACGACCGCCAAGCUGACUCAAGCAAAAGAAGAGACGGAACAGAUUCGCAAAAACUGCCAAGACAUGAUCCGCACAUACCAGGAAUCUGAGGAGAUUAAGUCAAAUGAAUUGGAUGCAAAGCUGCGAGAGACCAAAGGAGAGCUGGAGAAGCAAAAACAAGAGCAGACAGACCAGCUAGAGAUGCACAAGGCUAAGAUUAAGGAGUUGGAGGAUCUGAAGAGGACUUUUAAAGAAGGCAUGGAUGAACUGACCACCCUGCGGACUAAGGUUAAGUGUCUGGAGGAUGAACGGCCUCGCUGGGAAGACGAACUCUGCAAAUACAGAGAGAUAAUUAAUAGACAGAAGGCCGAGAUCCAGAACCAGAGGGAAAAACUCACCACCAUCACUAGACUAGAGGAGCAGCACCAGAGGGAUGAUCAGGAAAUUGCAUCCUUACGGGACGAGGUGGAGAAUCUGAACUCUCAGAUCACUGACCUGCAGAGGGACAUUGAAGGCAGCAGGACGAGAGAGGCGGAGCUAUUGGGCUUCACUGAGAAAUUGUCCAGUAAAAAUGCUCAGCUCCAGUCUGAGAACAACAACUUACAGACCCAGCUGGACAGACUGAACAACAGCUCCAGAGAGCUGCACAGCAAACUAGAGGAGACCGAGAGAUCCCUCUCUGAAAUGACGGACAGGUUGAAGAGAGAGGAGCAACAGAGGCAGGAGGAAGUUUUGGCGUUGCAGACGGAGAGAACGUCGCUGCUGACGGAGACAUCGCAACUAAAGACACGAGUGGAGGAAUUACGAGACGAACUGGUCACUCAGAAGAGAAAACAGGCGGCCAACAUCAAAGACCUCACCAAGCAGCUCUUGCAAGCUCGUAAGAAGCUGGAGCAUGUGGAGAAUGGAGGAUGUGAUCGAGAGGGCAGCAGUAUGGGCAGCCGUUCCAGUUCCUCAGGCUCUCUAAACGCACGAGGCAGCAGUAUGGAUGAUCGCUCUCCAGAGAAUCAGUCUGGUUCAUCGGUGGUAGUGGUGGACAGUUUCCCCGAGGUGGACAAAGCUGUGCUGGUGGAGCGCAUCGUGCGGCUGCAGAAAGCACAUGCUCGUAAGAACGAAAAGAUUGAAUUCAUGGAGGACCACAUCAAACAGCUGGUGGAGGAGAUCAGGAAAAAGACAAAGAUUAUCCAAAGUUACGUGCUCAGAGAAGAGUCUGGAGCUCUGUCUUCAGAAGCCUCAGACUUUAACAAAGCUAACUUGAGCCGGAGGGGAGGCAUCAUGGCAUCGCUGUACACCUCCCACCCUGCCGACAGCGGCCUCACUCUUGACCUCUCGCUGGAAAUCAACCGCAAACUCCAGGCUGUGCUAGAGGACACCCUGCUCAAAAACAUCACGCUGAAGGAAAAUCUCCAGACACUGGGUUCGGAGAUCGAACGACUAAUCAAACAGCAAAGGGUGCCGGAUGAUACAGCCGGAAGGAAGUGAAGUCAGUCGAGGGGAAGGCUGUUACAGUAAAUAACACACGCUGUUCAACUGAGCCCGUUACAAAACGACGUACUCCGUUUGAGAUCAAAACAGUGCUCUUUUCAUCAGACAAGCUGAGUCUGAUACAUACACUGGAGGCACAGUUCGUGAUGAGGACUGCGCCAGAGAUACUUGCGUGACAAAUGAAUGAGUCUGUGCUCACUUUUCUUCACAUCGUGCCCAGCAUCCAACUUUCCUUUCUUCGCCAUCCCCUGUGAUGUAGCCGCCUCACCUGUGCCUUGAUGAGUCAAGUUCAUCAGGUUCAGAGCAGAAUUGCAGUCCUAUAUCCAACAACCUGAUGUAUGAAGUUGAGUAGCUGAAUGACUAUUCUCAUAAAUGUGACCCCACUCUCUUUUUGAAGAACAAAAUGUGCUGGACUAAUGGAGACCUGCGGAUUCUGCAGCUCUUUGGAGGCUUUCAGAGGCUUUUCCUCUAUUCACGGCGCCGCAGGUUAAUGGCCGCUCCUCCCCGCUCUCAUUUCCCCCUCAUGCAAACGUGCCAAUUAAUGAAUGUAUUAUGCAAUGAAAAGGACCCUUGUGUGUAAUCCCACACUCUCUGACCCAGGAGUGUGGGCAACAUUCCCCUUCCCUGCUGCUGCUAGGUUACCGCUACACCCGGAUAGCAUUAUCUCUCGCGAAGCACUUAGGCGAGAAGGGCCAUGCCAAAAAAUACAGCUCUUGCUCUGUCUCAUUAUGAAGUUAAACACAUUAAUCAGAAUGAGUAACUACAUCUAAGAAAUGUUGAUACAUCUAGGGCUAGUCUUAAGGGAGCUUGCAUUUUUUUUAUUAUCAGUUUGUUCUAUCUGGAUUAAGUUGUAAUUAAAUAUUAUUGUUAUUUUCCCCCUUCUACCUCUGUUUUCUGUAGAAACCAGCUUGUAAUUAUUUUUAUGUUCCAUCUUUUUUUAAUUGUUUUUCUUUAUAUGACGUUGCUUUUGAAGAGCCACUUGCUCCCCAAAGAGACGUAGAGUGUAACAUCCCCAUGAAGUGAAGGAGACAUUGUAAAUAUUAAGGGCAAAAGUGCAAUUUUAACCCCCCUUUUUGUUUGUUUAACUGUGCCGUAAUCGCCCUGGCCAGCCUCCCAUCUAAGACUCCUGCAAAAUAUCCAGUUAGCAUCCAAUUCCGUUGUGAUGUAACCAUAUGGCACGCAACAUCGUGCAGAGCUGAAUCUAUUCCAACCGCUGAAUUGCGACAGCCAGAGGCAUCACUGUUCUGCUUCUCACUCCGUCCCUUUUUGCAGGGGUGCAUGAUGAAGAAUUUCCCCAUUGGAUGCUGCUGAUGGAUUCAAUCAUGUUCACCUUUAGAGCUUGUAAAAGGCAGCCAUGCAUUGAUUGGCAGAUCUCAGCCGGUUUACCAACCAUUUUAGUGCCAUUCUCAUUGGGUUUUCUCCCUCUUGAGCCGCUAUUGAAAGUAAAAUCAUGCCACACACUGUGAUAAAGGGUUUAUAAUAACUUGACAAACUGCAAUAUAAGAUUGUCAAGGUCAUAUCAGCUGUUCCAACAUUGAGAGCCUGUGCUGUAGCUCUCAGCACUCCCAAAUCCCAAACACAUUGCACACAUUCCGGAAAAAACGCAGGAUAAAGGAAAUUAUGCAAUGCUAGCAGAAAAAUAAGCAUUUACACAAAGCCAUUAAUGGCGAAAUGAAGACUCUCUAAUCUGUCGAUAAUUUAUCAUUGUACUUUACAUUCAUAAUUUAUUUAAUGUCUCAAAAUAGAAGAAAGAUCUCUUGAAGUAUGUAUGUAUGUAUGUGAAUGGCAAAUUGAAACUGAUGACAAAAAGAAAAAAAAUCGUGUUGAUUCUGUUUCUGGUCUGUAGCUUGUGCUCUGCUUGAUUGUAUAGUGAAACUGUGAUUAUAAACUUGUAGAUAUAUUGUACAAUGGUCCAAUGUUUUUAAACUUCUGGAGACUUCUGUAUAUAUGGCGUUUAAAGGGGAUUAAAAUGAAAAUAUUAUAA